AUGGAAAUGGACACCUCCCCGCCGGGAACCGAGCAGCAGGAGGCCGCGGAGGCGUCCGGCAGCAGCGCCCCCCAGCAGGCCUCUUCAGUGACAGCGCUGGCGCCGUCUCCGGCGCCCUCUCUGGAGUGUCUGUCGCCCUCUCCCGGUCCAAGCUGGGUGGACGACGCGCUGAUGAAGAAGCUGCAGGCCGUCAACGAGAGGCUCCUGGUGCUCCUCAGUCAGUCCAAGACUAUCCAGGAGACCGUCAAGAGGAGGUCCUAUAGAGACAAGGAUCUUGUGACGAGGGCCGCCCGGAAGCUGCUCAGCAACUCUCUAACCUUCUUUAACAGCGUGGAGUCCUCAGCCAGGAACACCACGUCCCAGCACCUGCCCGUGGAGAUCUGCUCCAAGUGCAGAGUGGUGUCACAAAACCUGAAAAAACAUCACGCUUCCACUGGACCGUGUUUGUGUCUUUGUGUGCAGCUUUUGAAGUUCUCUCAGCAGCUGUGUGACAGCAUGGAGCAGCUGCUGCUGACCUGCGCCGACGAAAACCUGUUCAGUGUGGAUGAGAGCGACCCGCUGGGGUUGUCUCACUUCUGCAUCGGCAGCAGUCAGCUAGGCCAGCUGAGGGUCACCUCCUUCCGCUACUGCAAGCUGUCGCCGUACUCGACCCAGAUGAACACGGGGUUGUUCAAACGCAUGCGCUGGAACGUGGAAAGACUUCGAGAACAGCAGAGGAAAGCGGAGAGUGAAGAGCAGAAGAAGGAGGAGGGUGAGCAGCAGCAGCAGGUGAAGCGCCAGCCUCUGUACUUCCUGUGUUACGAGGAUGUGAUCGAAGAAGAAGGGAUAGUAGAAUCCAAGGGGAACGCGGCGGGGCAGUGGUCCAUCGGACGGUGGGGGCAGGUGCUCCCGGACCCCGACGCGGAGACUACGUUUUACUGGAUCUUGUGUGGCGUCUCUCUGGGACAGUACGUCAAACUGGUGGAUCUGGGCCGAGAUGAGCCGUCCAGCUCCAGCGCCACCGACUACAUGCAUCAACUGCUGCUGUCACAGACCCAGCACCAGUAG